GGAGGAAGCUGAAACUACCCUGGCGAGCCGCGUCUGUAUUCACGUCAGUAUUUAGGACAGGACUGCUAUACAGCAUAUACACUGGGGAGAGCUAAAAAACAACUUCACAAUGGACGCACGUAAUCCACGAUGCCAUUACUGGACAACCCAUCGUCUUUCUACCUCUGUUUUUCCUGAACGUUUCUUCUACAAGCACACCUUUUCCAACCUGUGACGGUAACAACGUGACCUGUGUUGACGGUGUGUGUCUACCUCGCUGUGUCAAUGUGACGUCAUCUGGAGAGUGUCUCCAGUGUCUGGACUCCAGGUUCUAUGGUAAACAGUGUCAACAUGACUGUCCAGACACCUGUCUCAACUCUCGCUGUCAGAUGAACAACACCCGUGUUGUGUGUACAGAGGGAUGUGUGGCCGGCAAGAAGGGAGAUAACUGUGGUGUGAACUGUCCUACAGCCUGUACACAGUGUGAACGUUAUGGUGAUGGUUGUACAGGACCGUGUCAGAAUCCCCAGUAUUACGGUCAACACUGUAGAACACCUUGUCCCUCCAUCUGUACAGGUGGAUGUAAUAGGAUCACAGGGGAGUGUGGCAGCUGUGAGCCAGGUUACACAGGGGACAAGUGUGAUGUUACCUGUCCCCCCAACUGUAGAGGUGGAUGUGAUAAAGACACAGGGGAGUGUGGCAGCUGUGAGCCGGGUUACAGAGGGAAGAAUUGUAAUGACACCUGUCCCCCUAGCUGUAGAGAUGGAUGUGACAAGGAGAUAGGGCAGUGCGAGAGAUGUAAACCAGGGAACAGUGGCAAGUACUGCAAUACUUCCUGUCCUGAUACUUGUAGGGAAGGAUGUACUGAAGAUGGAUAUUGCCUAGGACUGGGUGUCGUUCCCAUUGCGGCUGUAGCAUCUGCACUUGUUGUGGCAGCUUUGCUCAUCGUCCUGUCUUCCGUGCUUAUAUACAAAAGAAGAAGACUGAAACGACGACAUCAUUUUCCGAUAAGAAUAUUCCCAGGCACCUCAAAUCCAACCUACACUUCAUAUGCUGAUUCGAUGUUACAUGUCGACGUAUGUGAGGAGCUUUGUGGAGAUGAUUGGAUGAAUCACAUGCUAGAAGAGUUCAAAAAACUGCCUACUCCGGAUAUCAAAUCAACCUACUGUGCCUCCUUGGAAGAGAACUUCGAGAAGAACCGAUACAAAGAUGUGCUUCCGUUUGAUGCCACAAGAGUGCCUCUGGAGAUAGAGGAGGAAGACGACAGCGACUACAUCAACGCCUCCUACAUAGAUGGGUACAGACAAGGAACACGCUAUGUAGCAGCGCAAGGUCCGUCGGAAGAAACAGUUGACGACUUUUGGAGGAUGGUAUGGAAACUGAACAGCACCAAGAUUGUCAUGGUUACUAAUCUUGUGGAGGCGGGGAAGGUGAAGUGCGAGAGGUACUGGCCCUUCUGCAGCGCUGAGGCAACGGCCUACGACAGAAUGAGUGUUCAGUGUGUAGAGGAGAAGGUGUACGAGACCUACACCCUCCGCACUCUGGCAAUCUGGAAGGAGGGUACAGAGACAAGAGUGGUCAACCAGUUCCACUUCACCAAAUGGCCGGACCACGGAGUUCCGGAGGACAGCACUUCACUGUUACACUUCUACAAAGUAGUGAAGGACACAGGACCUGAUUUGACAGGACCAUUAGUUAUUCACUGCAGUGCUGGCGUUGGACGUACUGGGACAUUCCUAGCAUUGGACUACCUACUGGACCAGGCCCGGAACGAGGGUCGAGUCUGUGUCUACAACUGUGUGCAGCACUUCCGUAUGAAGAGGAUGAAAAUGGUUCAGACUAAAGAGCAGUACGUCUUCAUAUACAGUAUUGUGAACUCGGCGCUACGGUCUCUAGAGAUCCUCCCUCGUGCCAAGAAGCCGGUUCGAGUCCAGUGUGAAUCAUGCUGGUCCAAGUGCAAUGCAGAGAACAGUGAUGGAGACGGAUCUGUGGAUGAGGAUGAGGAGUAUGACCUGCUGUGGACGUGCAGGUUGGACAAGAGGAAGAAACUCCUUCCAGGAGGACCGAAACCUCUCCCAGAUGUCAUUACUGUGGUCAGCGAAACACUGCCCUUGCUCGAAAGAGGGGCGGAUCAUCAUGACGAGGAGAGACUUUCACCAGAGGAGACAGAGAAAGAGGACGGGAGAAUGAGCUGGGUCACAGCCCUGUAGGAUCAGCAGAGACAGACCGACACAAAAGAAAAAUUAUCGUGUUCCAAUAAUGUAGUACUACAUGUUUAAUCAACGCGUAUCAAAGGAUCGUUACAUAUAACAUAAGGAUGAGUGUAGAACUGUAUAUGUUUUACAUGAAGCUGGUGACAUUUUGCUCUUUGUAUAUAGCCUUAUUCAAUGUAGCUUGUUAAAAGGUAUUUCAGUGAUGACAUAUGCAGCGAUAUAAUGAUUAUAUUGUUUUAUUCACUCAACUAACAUUGCAAGAAUUUAUUGUGUACAAACGAAAGAUGCAUUAUUUCCUUAUUAUGUAUAUUUACCGUAAAACACUUUACCCAGGAAACGGUUUGUCAUACACCCUUUCCUACUCACACCCUUGUUGUUCAUGUCAAUUAUGUGCCACUAAACACUGUUCACAACUGAGAUGCUUAUUUGCAUGAUAUAUACUUCAAUACGUGUUUCCUUACUUCCAAUAAUAAAAAGCUUCAAACCCAAGCAAAGACAAUCAGAGCCACGGGGACAAUCUGAGAGGUCAUAAUUGAAAUGAAAGAUGUCAUUAUUGCUAACACCAAUUAUGUUUCAAGAUCUAUUUUCUUUAAAAUAUUAUUUUCGUGACAUCCAAAAAGAAUAUGAGACUCAUCGUCCUCAUGGAACUUGCGUCAUGUAUGAAGUCGCGAAUGUUUAGGAAUAGAGUUGAUGUCAGGACAACUUAAUACAAGCAAUGUCCAUUAAGUUGAGUCUAAAAUGAAAUGAAACAUUAUAAGGAAUUACUAUUUUUCAAGGAACAAUAUAAAGAAUGAGGACUAUUUCUAUGGAUAUAUAACUUCUUUAUUCUGUAAAGUCGACGUUUCGACAUCGAGAUUCUAAUGUCGUUGUUAAGCAAGUGGUGAAAAAAGUCCUCAUUCUUCAUCUACCCAACUUCUAGAAUGCUAAUCAAAGCAAUAAAGAUUAUGUGACCUUUGUGGAUUGUAAUCGGUGAAUAUAAUGCUUCAGUCCGCUGUAUAUAUUGAGGGACAUGCUAGUUUGUUGUCAAGGGUGAUGCUUAACCUAAUAUAGCACUUACACGUGUGUGGUAGUAACGGUGUGAGCAACAAUGUGUAUAUUUGUAUAUCGUCUUUACAUAAAGAGUAGACAAACUGUAUAUAACUAAUUAAAGGUUAAUUAAUUCCUAUCUGAUAAACUGGAGAAAGGUUAAUUCAAUAUUGCAUUUACCCACUUUAACAUAUUCAUGUUAUAUUUUAUUGGAACAUUAUGUGUAACGUUCGAUUCAAAUCCAUAAGUUCAUAAUACAUGUGAGUUGGAUGACAGGAACUGACUCAAACACCUCACUCACUCAGCUCACUCAUGUGGCACAUGAAAACGUAAUUAAUAAACCAAACACUAAAUUUGGCAUUUAGAAUAGAUUGUUGAUAAGUUAAUUAAAACUGCUUUCGACAAUAUGCAAGCGUAUUAAUGAAGGCAUCAGUAUUGACGUCUCAAUUGUAAAUAAAACUCAAUUGUAAAUAAAACUAAAUUUUAAAUGCAACUCAAUUUUAAAUACAACUCGAUCCUUCAGUAUCACUUGUUUACACCCUUGUUUAAUUUCCUUUUCAUGGUUUGUAUUCAUCUGUUCCUAUGUUUUCGCAUCAAAUACAUCUGAUGUGUAUAUACGACCGUAAUUGUUUAAAUAUGUUAUUUUCUGUAUGAUUUGCAAGGGACUAUAUCAAGAUGAUGAUUAUUCUAAAGUCGUGAGUAGCAACCGUAAUUGUUUAAAUAUUUUAUUUUCUGUAUGAUUUGCAAGGGACUAUAUCAAAAUGAUGAUUAUAUAAAAGUCGUGAGUAGCAACUGGUAACUGUGUAACUGUGUAACACAGCGAGUUUCGGGUUAUUUUCCCGAAAAAUACGACUAUGGUGGAGUUUCGUUUCAAGGUUCAGUUUCACGGUGUGUGUUGCGGAAAUGUCUACGGAAACAAAACUUUAACAAAACUGCCCGGGGCAACAUUUUCAAACUCUGAUGUUUUUCUUUCCUGCGUUGCAUUCUCUAUUUGAUUUACCAGAGCGGAAUCACUCGUUAAGGCAUUUUUAAUAACAUAAAGCGUCAAACAAAAAAUAGCAAGUCUUGACUAUCCUUCAUUUGAAGACCCGGGUUAGAAUUGGUCUUCAACAACCCAUGCUUGAUCGGGUGGUAUUGCGUAGAUUGAUGCUAAAGAAGUUGAUCACUUGAUUGACUUGAUUAUUGACAGAUCGCCACCAUAUAGCUGUAACAUUGCAGAGUGCGGCGUAAAACAACAAACCAAUCAACCAGCCUGAAAACAGUACCAUGAGUGCAGUUUAAUAUAAUAAUGUAUUGGUGUAAUUUGCUUCUCACAAAUAAUCUUAUUCUUCGUAAUUGUUAUGAAUGUUUAUAUGAGGAAAUGGAGACCCGUGGUGUUAAUAACUGGGCGUAUCAGGUGAAAAAUAUUUUAUCUAGCAUUGGUGUCAAUGAAUUAUGGCUUAGACAAGAGAUAUGUCCUGCAUACCUACCUGUUGUAAAGCAGCGAAUCUUAGAUCAAGCGUCUCAAGAGGUUUUAGUAAUUUAUCGAAUUCACCAAAAUGUGUAAUUUAUAGAAAUAUUAUUGAUAAUUGUACACUGCAAUAUUAGCUAUGUAAAACUUUCCUGAACCUCUUUAGGAACUAUUUAUAUAAAUUCCGACUAAGUUCUCAUAAUUUAGCAAUAGAAACUGGCAGAUACAGUUAUGUUAACAUAACAGAAAGAAAGUUUUUUGGUGAAGACGAUAAUGAAGACGAGUUCCAUUUUAUGUCAGUAUGUCCAUAUUAUAAUAACUAUAGAAAGUCAUAUAUAAAACCAUAUUACUACAGAUGUCCAUCAAUGCAUAAACUUAUUCAACUUUUAAGUGGUAGAAAUCUAAAAAAGUUAUGUAAUUUAGGUAAAUAUUUGUAUAAAGCCUGUUGUCUCAGAAAUUAAAUGAUUGCUAAAAAUAGGUAAUUUUCUGUACAUUCUCAAUUAUAGUCAAUGUCUAGUCAUCCACCUGUACCAAUUUUCGUGUACUACCGAUUGUCUGUAAAGUUAAAGCUAAAUAAAGAAUCUGAAUCUGAAUCUGA